AACUAUACAUAGGUAUUACACCAGGCAACUUAAAACCCUAUCGACCGACACAGUCGCGGUUAGUUAGCCUAUCUAGGCUAUGCAGUUCAGGGGUAUAGGCCUGAUGAAAAGAAGCUGAAAAGGCCAACGGCUGCCGCGGAACUAUGCGCCCCCGAAACUAUGCAACCCCGAGAUGACUGAAUCCCCUUUGCGUCCCACUUGGUACAGGGACCGUGCGUUUCUCAAAUGAUGCAUUAUUCAUUUUCAGAACAUACCGCAAAAAUGAAUAAAUAACGGUUGCAUAUAGCGCUCAUUUGGACUAUAUUAGCCUACAGUAAAUAGCCUAUAGGCCUAGGCUAUUAUAAGCGCCUUGACGCGCUCCUGUCUACCGGGUGACAGGCGAGGGGUUGGCAGGCACACAGCACUUGCGUCUCACGUCCGGAGUCGAGACCGAGGCUUCGAAUUUGGAAACGCCCGUGUUUGGAUUGCUGGGCUCAGCACUAACUCACAUUUUUAAAGAUACUCUGUUCUAGGUUAUUUCAACGCUUAUUUUAAGCUGUAGCAUUUUAUCAAUUGCUCAGUUGACAAGCAAAAACUUCAGCUUGCUCUCACCGCGCCGUCACUUCGAAUCUCUAGAAAGCCGGGUCAGUUGAGCUGCCCACAGACGCUGCACCAUGAACGGCAGCAGCAGUGUGUCCUCUGCCUCCCAGACCAUCCAGAUCAAGACAGAACCAGUUGUGGAUACAUGGAGUAAGGAGGACUGCCUCACUCUUUUGGAGAGAAUUCGGAGCCUGUUGCCUGAUGGUGAUGCCAUGAAAUACAAGACCACCGAGUCCCACUUUGACUGGGAGAAGGUCUGCUUCGGAGGCUUCACCGGCGACAUGUGCAAACAGAAGUGGGCGAAGGUGUCCACCGAGGUGCGGAAGUUUAGGACUAUGACCGAGCUCAUAGUUGAUGCCAUUGAGUUUGUGAAGAACCCAUACAAAGGGAAGAAAUUGAAGACACACCCAGACUUCCCAAAGAAACCCCUUACACCGUAUUUCCGGUUCUUCAUGGAGAAGCGAGCCAAGUAUGCUAAGAUCCACCCGGAGAUGAGCAACCUUGACCUCACCAAGAUUCUGUCCAAGAAAUACAAGGAACUCCCAGAAAAGAAAAAGCAAAAGUACAUCACAGAGUUUCAGCGAGAGAAGGAGUCCUUUGAGAAAAAUAUGGCCCGAUUCAAAGAGGACUACCCGGAGUUGAUAGAGGAAAGAAAGAAGUCGGACCUCCCUGAGAAGCCCAAGACGCCCCAGCAGCUGUGGUACAACCACGAGAAGAAGACAUACAUGAAGCUCCACCCUGAUGUGAGCCAGAAGGAGCUGAAGGAAGCUCUGAGGAGACAGUGGUCCCAGCUGUCAGACAAGAAGAGACUUAAGUGGAUCAGCAAGGCCCUGGAGCUGCAGAAAGACUAUGCGGGUUGUAUGAGAGUCUACCAAGAGGCCCAUCCAGACGCUGAAGAGCACGUCAAGUCCGUCCUCACCAAAGCCGAGCGGCAGCUCAAGGACAAGUUCGACGGCAGGCCAACCAAACCACCGCCGAACGGUUACUCCCUAUACUGUGCCGAGCUGAUGGUGAACAUGAAGGAUGUUCCCAGUACGGAGCGUAUGGUGCUGUGCAGUAAGCAGUGGAAGGUGAUGACGCAGAAGGAGAAGGACAUGUUUCAGAAACGUUGCGAGCAGAAAAAGAAGCAGUAUGAAAUUGACCUACAGAGGUUUCUCGAGAGUCUCCCGGAGGAGGAGAGGGACCGAGUGAUGACGGAGGAGAAGCUGGGUGGCUCGCGGCUGGGCAUGGGGGGUGUUGGCAGCCCUCACAGAUCCAAGUCCCCUUCCGCCAAGGUGGGUCUCACAAAACUACAACAGGAGCGCUGUCGCGAAGCUGAGCAGGGGCACUGGGUACACUCCGGCCUGACGGCGAAAGAGAAGCGCGAUGGCAAGAAGAGGACCAAACUCCCUGAGACACCCAAGACUGCCGAGGAGAUGUGGCAACAAGGCGUCGUAGGAGACUACCUGGCCAAGUUCAGGAGUGACCGUAAGAAGACCCAGAGUGCCAUGGAGUCAGCCUGGAAGGCCAUGGAGAAGAAGGAGAAGAUCCCUUGGAUCAAAAAGGCGGCUGAAGACCAGAAGCGAUACGAGGUUCAGUACCGGCCCGUGAGGGAAUUGUUAGAGAUGAGAACAGCCCAGGCAGGAGCAGGCCAGAGGAAACCCAAGUUUGAAGGGGAACCCAGGAAGCCACCUGUGAGUGGCUACCAGAUGUUCUCCCAGGAGUUGCUGACCAAUGGCGAGCUGAAUCACUUCAGCCUGAAGGAGCGGAUGGUGGAGAUCGGCAAGCGCUGGCACAAGCUCAGCCAGAGUCACAAGGACAAGUACAAGAAGCUGGUGGAGGAACUGCAGAUUGAGUACAAGGCCGAGCUGGAGGCCUGGGUCAAGUCUCUCUCUCCCCAGGAGCGAGCGGUUUAUAAAGAGUUCUCCACCACGAAACGGCGGAGCACCACCAAGGCGCGGGGGGCCCCGGGGGCUAAGGUUCGCGUGACUGCAGUGAAGGGGAAGGCGGUAGGUGCCAGAGCCGCAGCAGCAGGGGUCGGGGGGGGCAAGCGGGCCAUGGCGUACCGGGCCAAGCAGGAUACGUCCGACUCAGACGACGAUGACAAGACGGACUCGUCAGACUCCGACGACGACGAAGAAUCAUCCGGCAGCUCCGACAGCGAAGAUGAUAAUGACGAUGACCAUGAUGACGACGACCAAUCUGAGGGCUCCAGCAGCUCUUCCUCAGAGGACAGCAGUGACUCAGACACAGACUAGCCCCCCCACCCCCAAAAGAGGAGGGUCUGUGCGGGACACGCUUCCUCGUGAGUCAGGAGCAGUCAUGGUGGCGUCAUCAAAACGCUUGCACGUUGGCUCCUCCCACCUCUUUCUCACAAGGAGAAAUGAGAGACAGAGAAUAAAUAAACGGAGGAGUCUUGCUCCACCUCCAGUUGUUGACCCGGAGGACUUUUAUUCAAACGGGACGAGUUCUCUUUUACAGGGCUUUGUUACGUGUUCAAUAUUUUAUUUUUUUUGCCUUUAUAUAGGUGUUAUUAUGAACUUGUUGCAACAUUUUCAUUCUUUUUUAAACUUUGAGAAAGACAUUUUAAACUUAAGCCGAUGAGUUUUUUUUUUAACAAGUCUGACUUGGAGGGGCAUAUUGAGGAGUUUGCCGUUUUUUGUCCAUGGGUCUCUGACAGUCCGUGCAGAGGGAGGACCGUUGCUGCUUUCCCUCCAUUGAAACAUCUGGUCAAACCCUCCAAUAAAAUGCACUUUUUUCUCUUGUAUUCUGUGUGAUUUCAAUCAUUUUGAUUUAUUUUGUACUGGAUAUCAUUUAAUGUAAGAGAGAGGUAUGCUCAGCUCUGUCACUUAUGGUGUGUUGUGCAACCAAAAUGGCAGCCUAUUUCAUAUUUUUAUGAAGGGAUGAUCCACUCAGAAUACAGCCAUUUUUUUUUUCUCCAAUGACCUUGGCUGUAAUCAAUUCCCCAAUACUUGUGUGUAUUUUGUUUAAAGUUUAGCAACGUAUUCCUUUCUGAAGAAUGUGUCUGCAUAAGAUUUGAGGUCUCUAUUGCAGGUAAGGCCACUUCUGAAUUCUGUCAGUGAUUUCACUCAACAGCUUUCCAUUUCAAGACUUUAUACAAAUCAAAUUUAAAUGAUAAUUUUGUUGUCUUCAAUCUACCAAUAUGGAUAUUUUCAUAAAUAUUUCACGACAGACGUUGCUUUUUUUCAUUCUUUUAAUAUUUUUCCAUCCUUCUUUCCCCAAAAACACACUCACAUCCUCUGUACCAGCGGCAUUAUACCAAUAAAUAAAUACUAACUCAACCACCUGCGCAUAAUACAUCAUUUGUAAGGAUCCAUAGGCGAAUGCAUUCAUUAAUAUAUUACACACAGGUGACUCAGUUACCCUUGUCUAUAUCUGAAAGGCUCCAUAAACAGAGCAAAGACAACGCACCCAGUAAUACUGGGGUGGAUUUACAUCACAUAAGCCAUUUCUGCUUUACCUUACACAGUUCCAAGUGUUUGGGGUCAUGUACAAAGCUAAUGGACUCAUAUUUGUAUCGCUUAGAAAUAAAAUGUUUCACUGUAUGACACAAUCACCUCAUUAAAAUGGAAAUUAGGCCAGGGUACGAUUUCAAAUACCAAGGGAAGGUUUUCAGAGAGACUAUCCACUUGUCUUUUUCAUAGCAAUUCUUUGGGACCUUCCAAUAAAAUUCUCAAAUUUAAA